GACCAAGGGAGAGACAGAGGCAGAGACAGACACACAGAAAGACAGAAAGCGCGCCAUUUUAGAGGACCAAAAGAUAGCAUAAUGCAAACAGUGGAAAAGUAUGAAAAGAGACUAAGUACAGACAGAUGAAAGUAAAGUGGGCGUAAAAAUAAAGCGGGAAAUGGGGGAAAUGCAAGCAUCUCAUCCCCAUGUUUGGGCAGCUGAAUGGAGUUUGCUGCUCCUUCUCUUGAGUUCCGCACUCUGGGAGGGACAGUAUCUGUUUAGAUUUGUGUCUAAAUUUAAACCCUGAUUGCCUUGCCUCUUCUCCUCCUCUCCCCACCCUCUUUUCCUCCCUCCCUCCCUCCCUCCCUCCCUCCUUCCUUGUUCUCUGGGGCGCAGCCACUGGUCUCUGUCAGUUCCUAAGCUGAGCUGGGCUCCGCGGCUGCCCGCGCGCAUUGCCCGGCGCUGGAAAGAAACUUUGCCCGAACCGGCUGGGAGAAGGGAAAGUGCAGCGGGCAGCGCCAGGCUCAGGCACAGCCUCCACACCAGGGAUUCUGCCGCAGACACUCACUCGACACCUGGAAGACAUGGAGGAAAGGCCAGCAGACAAUAAUGCCGGUGUUGACAACUCAGCAUCUCCAUCUGUGGCGCAGCUGGCAGGCCGAUUCAGAGAGCAGGCAGCGGCUGUCUCAGCUAAAGAGCCACCAGCCAAUAAACCAACAAGAAGGAAACCACCUUGCUCCCUUUCCCUGUUUCCCCCCAAGAUAGAGAUGAGCCAGAAUGGUGAGGAGAAACCAUCACCGAAUGCAUGUCACCCUCCCAAAAUCAAGGUGAAAAACUCCCCUUUGAUUGAGAAGCUACAGGCCAAUUUAGCCUUUGAUCCUGCUGCCUUGUUGCCAGGAGCUUCACCUAAAAGUCCUGGAUUAAAGGCCAUUGUGUCUCCAUUUAAUAGCCCACCUUCCACCCCCAACAGUCCAGGUGUUAGAUCUCGGUCCUCUGAAUCAGAGGAGUUGCCAGUCAGUUUUGAUCAACCCCCUGAAGGCAGCCAUCUACCUUGUUACAAUAAGGUGCGGACACGGGGGUCAAUAAAGAGGAGACCUCCCUCCAGGAGAUUCAGACGGUCUCAGUCAGACUGUGGGGUAGAUCUGGGAGAUUUGGGGGCAGCUGAGUCAUCUCAGGAGAAUGGUGCCAAGGAAGAGAACAAUGAUGAAGUCUUCACAUCCAAGAACAAAGCUUUGGUAUCUCCCCUCUCUGGUAACAAGGCAAUGGGAAAAGAAUUGAGGAGAAAGCUUGAGUCUGAUGAAAAACCUCUGCUGAGGAGGUCAUGCAGUAUGAUAGAGAACCCAGAGGAAAGGAGCAGAGCCUUGGAUGAAGUCACAUCAUGUAGGAAUGCUGUGAAAAAUAAAGAAGAGAAACAACAGAGUGCAGUAGAACUUGAUGAAGAAGAACCAUACCAGAGAGCCACGAAUAAUAAAGAGGAAACAAAUGAGAGCCCAAAGGUGGAUGAAAAGGAGAUAGCUUCACGUGAUUCUGGAGGGGAUAGGAAGGAAAAGACAACUGAAGAUCCUACUUUAGAAAAAGAGGAAAAUUCUAAGAAAACUGCAGAAGAUGAAGAGGAGAAACCUGGACAGAAGAACACAGGGGCUAAAGAUGAGGAACUGCAACAGAGUAUUGCCACAGGGACAAAUGAGGAAAAGCCCUCAAACAGCCCAGAAGAGAAGGAAGGAGAUAAUACCAUUGAGGCAGAAAAAGACAAAGAAGAGAAUGAACAAAAAGAAGGUGUUUCUAAGAACACAGAUAACCAAGAAAUAAUACACAACCAAGAAUGCCAUGCUGGAACAGAUCAUUCUCAGCCAGCAACAGAUUCUGAGACCACUACCAAUGAAGCCCCAACUAUGCAAUCAAGUUGCAAUGUGGAGGAUAUAAAAAUGUAAAAAAGAAUUCUGUUGUCCACUCUUGAUGAAGUUCUCUGGAAGUAGCAGCAAAAGUACUUGCAGAGAAUGAAGAAACUCCAUUAGGACCUCAUGGGAUAUCAGGCAUGCCAAAGACUUAGAAUCAGUCUGAUAUCAAAGGGGAUCACUGUAGCCUCAUGGCUUCUAGCCUAUAAAGUUGUUUAAGGAAGUGGGAAGAGAGGAUUGCAGUGCAAAUGGCUUUUCACCAAUAGAAAUUUGGUGCAGGAAGUUCAUUGACACAUUUUAUAGAAGAAACCUAUUCAAAACUUCUCAUCACCAAACCUGGAGUCAACUCAGGGUCUGACUUUCAGGGGACAACCCCCCUCCCCAAGCAACUGAGCCCUAAACAGACACUUUUUCUUAAACCAUUUCUUGAUGUAGUCCAUCUGACACAGCCAUGUCUCAGUUGUAAUCUUUGUAAUUCUCUGAAAUUCUCAUGGUUUUCAUAUGAAAGUAAAAACAAAUUUGGGGACAGAUGGGUUUAGAAUACAGGAAAAAAGGAUGUUUUGGUGUGAAUAAUGUGAAUCCUUCUAAAUCAUAUAAGAUAUAAUCUUUCUUUUAAAAAAAAUCAGAGCUUUUGAGACACUUUCAGCUCAUCCAGUUUUGAGAUGGCCUACCAGUUUUUCAAGAAUUAAACUAAAUGAGCUAAGUGUUGAAAUAUUUGUUUCAAUCUUUACCAUACUUAGUCCAUGCACCUGAGCUUGCUUUCUCUUUUGGAAAUGGUCUUUCUAACUUAUGACUGCCAUGGCAAUCUAGGUACGCCCCCUUUCUGCCAUGUUCUGAGGUCGAAGGCUCUCCAAUGGAAAAGCAGGAUGUUUUCAGUCCAGAUGGGAAAUUGGAAAGUGUGAACUUCAUUUUUGACUCCUCUUCCUUUUCCCUGCCUUCCCUUCCCCCAGUUUACUCUAUGGCCGUGUCAAACACUUUGUUGCUUUAUUUCCUCAUCCACAAAGUUAAAACAAAAUCUAUAUGACAUCUUAAGGUGAGAAUAAAUGUUGCUGCUCCAGAGAAUAAUUCUUAAUGAAAAGAUCUGUUAGUUUCCAUUAAAUAUUGCCAAGUAGAUGCUUUGUGGUCUUCAAUAUACAUUUACUAGUCAAAGUAAUCAUUCCUAUUAGCUAUUGGAAGACACAAUUUCAAAUUGAGCUUCUUCUUGAGCAGCAAUUUAGGGAUCUCCUUCGACAAGGUAUAUCUUUACAUUAACAGGAGAGACUGACUCUUUACCUCAAAUGCUCUUCCUUAUCUACCAGGGCUAAAGGACAUUGGCCAGAAGAAAGAUGCAGUUUGCAGGACAGCGCCUGGAUCUGACUUGAGUUUUGGGGCCUCCCAAAGUGCUAAUUCAGUGGGAUCUUGGCUCUGUGGGAGUCACACUGGAAAUCUUUGGAUAUUGGAAAAAGACCUUCCAGCCUGAAGGGUCUGGGGUUGCUUUUCACAUUUUCUUUUCUUCAUCACACUUCUCUCUGAUUCCUGGAAAGAGGAAUGGGGGCUAACAUUAUUUUUUAAAAUAACCUUAUUCAAAAAGCAGUGGAUCAUCUAGGACAUGUUCUGGGGUGUGCAUAACUGUAUUACUACAAAUGCACACGUGUUUAAAAGUUCAGACACAAAUGCAUAUGUAUGAGCGUGUGUGAUGAAAGGGAAGGAUUUAUUUUAUUCUUUUCCCUAGAAUGAAAUGGAAGGAAAAGAGAAGAAAAAUAAAAAGAUAAAAAGAAAAUUGUGCUUUCCUUCUGAUGGGGAAUGGGAAUGGAGAUAAUAAAGUAACAGGAUCCUGAAGCCAAAAAAGCUACUUAAUGUCAAAGAUACAAAGAUUGGAUUUCCCCAAUUGUAUCCUUCCCAACUGUUCUUCCAUUGAUUCAUGCUAACAAAUGAGACGGAUACAUUUUAUUCCUUUAGUCAAUAAGUAUUUAUUGAUGGAGACUUAUGUGCAGGAUAUUUCAGCUUCAUGAUCCUACUAAAUUAUAAAGACAGUAUCCUUCAGUGGAAAGAAUCCCAGCACUAGAAUCCAAAGAUAUGAAUUAAAAUCCUACUUCAGAUAUUUACUAUCUUUCAGACCCUGGAUAAGUUUUCUCAAUUGGUAUUUGUGUGGUUGAACUAAAGUAGCUGAUGAGGUCCCUUGCAGCUCUAAAUCUAUGAUCUUUGUAAUCAUAUGGAGGAGUGGUAUGAUAUGUUGAGAAAAGUGCUGAACUUUCAUUUGAGUUCAUAUCCUGUCUCCAACACUUUCUGUGAAUACAAGCAAGUCACUUGACCUCUCUGAGCUUCAGUUUCCCCAUCUGUAAAAUAGGCAUCAUAGUAACUUUAGUACUUAUUUCACAGGGUUGUUAUGAAGAUUAGUUGAAACCAUUUAGGUCAGCAUGUUGCAAAAGCUUGGGGCUGCUAUGUGGUACCAUAGUACAUAGAUUACCUGGUCUGAAGUCAGGAAAAUUCCUCUUCAUGAAUUCAAAUUUGACUUCAGAUAUUAGCUGUGUGCCCCUAGACAAGCCACUUAAAUCUGUUUGCCUCAAUUUUCUCAUCUGUGAAAUGUGCUGAAGAAGAACUUUAGUAUCUUUACUAAUAUCCAAUCUAGUAUCCACCUGGGGCCAUGAAUUACUGAACUGAAACUGUAUAUAAGGAUUCCUGCAGACUACAUAUUGACUCAGAAAACCACUUACAUUUUACUGUAUUUUUAUUUAGUUUGCUAAAUAUUUACCAUUUGCAUUUUAAUCUGGUUAAGUGACUUGCUUAUAGUCACAGAGAAAAUGUUAAAGACAGAAUAUGAACAACUCCUGCCUUUGUCCCCUUCUUUAUAUAUCCCUGUGGCUUUUACCUAGUUCAGAAACUGAUCACUGAAAUAUUGAAAUAAUCUUCUUCAGUCUGUUCUUCACACAACUGUCAAAGGAAUCUAAAAUUGAGCACAGAUAUGACCUAUUAAGUCCCAUGUUCAAAAGACUUCAGGAAUUCCCCAUUGUCUCUAAGUUAAAAAACCAAACAUCUUUGGCUAGUAUUUGAAGCCUUAUACACCUUGGUUUUAACCCAUCUUUCUCGAGAUGAUGGAUUUUGAGUUAGAACAAAGCUGUUUUAGUCUAAUCCUCUCACUUUCUUAAGAGUGUUAACUUGCCUAAGAUUGCACAGGGGAUAAUGACAUGACUCAAACUCUAUAUACAAUAACACCAUACUCCAUGCUCUUCCCAACUCACCUUGGGCCAUCCCUCUACCCCCUUCAUAUGUUCUAAUUUUCAGCCAACCAUUCCAUCUUCCAUCUCAGGCAUUCUAGCAGACUGUCUUUAUUUAGUUAGUUAAUUGUGGUUAGGUAAAAAAAAGGCCAUUCUUUGCCUCAUUUUUUUCUUACCUAGCCCUAAUCAAAGAAUGGAUGGUUGCCUCAGACAAACUGAGACUUGUUAAAGACCUUAGCUUAAAAGGCCAAAGUUUCCCACUGCAGCCAGAUCCAGUUAAUGACCCUGGCCAUGUACUAACUACAAGUGACUGUAAAAUUAACAAGAAUUUCUGUAAGACUUCUCACAAAAAAUAAUUUUCUAUCUUCUAUGACAAAUUAUAAUACAAUUCUGUAUACUGCCAUGAUUGAGGAGUAUAACUUUAGCCAAAAUCUAAUUUGCCAAAUCUUUUCCUCCUCCUGUUCCAAGGAUGCCUGAAAUUCCACAUUUAAGAAUUCUUUCCUCUGUUGUGAGUCUUACCAUCAUGUAAAAAUGCAAAUGAUAUUUCAUUUGUAUGAAAAACAGUAGUUGCAGAAGAAAGGGUUUUUUUAAAAAAAAAAUUGAUUCUUACCCUUUUGUUCUUACACUAAACUUUUCAGUUAUAGCCUCCCCUCAUUCUCUUAGUGAGCUUGUCCUUGUAACAAAGAAAUAAUUAAACAAACCCAACCAAUAUAGUAGUUGUGAUAGCAUCAUAUGUUAGCAUUGUGUGUAAUAGAAUGUGCCCAUUAUCUUCCACUUCUCUAGGUGAAGUGAAGCUGACACAUUGUUGAAAGGGGGAAAAGGGUGCAAAAAAGAGAGUGUGGGGAUGACACUUUUGCUAAUGUCUUCCUUUCCCAUUACUCUAAGUCAGCAUGACCAGUGGAAGUUCUUCAGAACUUCCUGAUUUCCAGAGUGAAAAGUUACAAAGGGCAACCUUUGAGACCUUUAAUGGGAAAGGGAGAAUCUGGGAAGCUGUGGGAAUGUUUCCUUUUAAAGUCUCAAAGUGAAAAAAAGGGGAAGAGGGAGAAAUGAUGAAUGGAAUAAACCUUAUUUCAUCUGUUGGAAAAAGCAAAAUUUGACUUGUGUGUAAAUUGGAAUUGAGGCAGAGUUGUACCAGAUUGUCAGCCUCGAUCUUUUAGAAUCAUCCAACUUCAGUGGCAAUAGUAGGUGAUUACUAAAUAGAUUGUUGAUUAAUUGAUUAGUAACUACCUUGUCUUAAUUCACCAGAGAAAGAACAGGCAAACCACUCCAGUAUUUUUACAGAAUCAUCUGGUCCAUGAAGGCACAAAGAGCAGGACAGGAUUGAAUGACUGGACACUUAUACCACCACCUAUCUUAUGGACUUAUGGUGAAAUUUAUGCAAAAAUUUGUAUUUAAAAUGAUUUGCAAACUUUAAAGUGCUAGAUAAAUAACAUUAUGAAUCUGGAUUGUGUGUUUAAUACCUAACACAUCUGUGUUACACAGGGGAAAGCUAUCAAUAUCAAUCAGUCUAUCAAUAAAGAUUCCUUUAAGAAAGAUGACUCCCUCCAAACAUAGGAAUUUCAACUAUAAUCCAAAUAGCUAAAAGACUUUCACAGAGCCAAUCAAUACAAGGUUUCAUGCCAAAAAAUGUCCUUUUUAAAUGUUUGUAGUUCAUAUGUUUACAAUCUUUACAUGUUUACACUUUGACAGUAAAAAUAUUGUUAUAGAUAUUACAUAAAAAA